CUCACGACUCAUCGUCGAGUACCCAUGGAUCCGCUGUCCAUCGCUGCGAGUGUAGUUGCUUUGAUAGGCGCAGGUAACCAGGUUGCUAUCGGCAUCAACAAACUAGCAUCGCUGCGUGGGGCUCCAGCCUCAAUCCUUGCCCUGAACAACGAACUUUCUGACCUUCGCCUGGUGCUGUCAGAAGCGGAAAUCCUCCUCGCAGAGCAUGAUACUCAUGAUGAUAGGCAUACGUCCAAGCUAUCUCCUCUAACCGCUGCAAAGCGCUUCCUACCAAGUUUACAGCUUGCAUGGGAUCGUCUAGAGGAACUUGAGAAUAUUAAAAAGCGAUUAACUACUCGUUCUGGACGCAUUGACCGUCUGGCGUGGCUACGGGAGCAGGACAAUAUCAGUAAAGCACAAAAGGGUCUCCGCGCUAGUCGUAUUGACAUCGUUGCUGUUCUUGGGCUUUUAUCCUCCAAAUCAUCUUUUCGCGUCGAGACUCAGCUCCAAGAAGUGCAGUCACUCGCUGUUAAAGGCAAUGCUUAUAUCUCCCAGUCGAUAGACCGACACACCGAAACUCUGCGCCAAAUCCUCGAAUGUCAACAAAGGUGUGAAAAUCAUGACAAGGAGGAACAAGAAGUGCGAGCUGUUGAGAAGCAACUCCGACCUCCCAUUGGAGCCGAAGAGGCGCAAGGACGAAGAUAUAGUGACUCUCCUGGUGCGCUCUUGGAAGAUGCCCAGUUUAGUGCACUUCGCAUGCGUUUUCUCCGGCGACGGAAAUGCCAUCCAUGGUGUUCCUGCCGUUGCCACGCCCAUACUCGUCUUCAUACCCCCCAAUUACUUCAGACAAUUGUUGGCCAACUCUUUGUCGGCUAUGCUGGCUUCCCAGCGUUGACUGGAUCUUGCGAUCUGCCUGAUACCUGUAACGGUACGGCUCAAAGCUUCGUUCAAAUCAAUUAUUACUUCCCACCCUGGUUUCUAGCCCGAGUUGUAACUUUCAGUCUGAGAAUAUCCGAUUUUCAAAAGCCGGAAUACUCCCUACGUAUGUUGAAUGUCCGAAGUACAUUCGAGCCUAUAUUUAUUGGCGCUGGACGUAAUGAUGCUGGUCUGGUAAGAUCCUUGAUCUACAAUGGCAAGGCUUCUGUACUGGAUGUCACCGACGACGAUGGACAUUCUGCACUGCAUUUGGCAGUCAAGCAAAGCCAUGUUGACGUAGUCAAAGCUCUCCUAGAGCUGGGAGCCGAACCGUACUUAGAAAAUGUUGCCCAAGAGACCCCAUAUGACAUGGCUUGGAGCACGAUUCUCUGCUUUCAGGAUACCCCCAACGCAGCGACUUGGCGCGUGGAAGAAAUGAGAGCUUUAUUCCCAAGUCUCGACUCCAUCGAGGAGCGCAGAAAAUUUACCAAAAUCCACAAAAUCAUUAACCGAAUCCUCCAUUGUGACUUGGAAAAAGAGCUCUGUCGCAGUCGAGAUUUGAUCAACCAAGUCGAUGCAGACGGUCGUACUGCUCUUUCAUACGCUGCCGCACGUGGCGAUCAUGUGGCAGUAGAUACUUUACUACAAUAUGGGGCGGAUCCCAACAUUGCCGAUCGGAUUGGGCAAGGCCCAUUGCGGCAAAGCAUGAAAGCAUUUGAUAGCACAUGUACUAGUCUCCUGUUGCAAGCUGGCGCGAAUGUCAAUUAUCGAGAUAACUGGGAGCAGACGGCCCUAAUCAGCUCUGUGUUCCAUCCACAGCCUUUACCAUUCACUACAGCACUCCUUCUAGCCGGGACCGAUGUCAAUGCUGUUGAUUUCCAAGGCUCAAGUGCCCUGAUGGAAGCUGUAAAAUUCAAUGCUCCAGAGGCGGUACAACUUCUGCUCGAUCACCAGGCCAAUGUCAAUGUGAUUGACCACUUUGGCAUGAACCCUUUCAUGCAGGGUGUUCGUCAUAAUAGCCACGCUGCCUUGAAGGUCUUGUUGCAUUCUGAUAUUCAUGUUGUCCACUCUGUGUGCGACAGCUCUCAGAAAACAGUUCUCCAUUGGGCAGCCGAGGUCGGUGACAUAAAGACUCUUCAGAUCCUCACCCGGUCGCCGUUGAAAGACUUAAGCGUCCAUGAUAAGACAGCCACAGGAUUGACAGCAAUAGAUGUGGCUGAAAAGCGUCUUGAGAUGGAGAAAUUGGUUUUUGAGAAAACACCAACUGAUACUGAAUGGUUAACUGCUUUUCGCGAUCUACUAGAAACCAUUCGAGUACCAACGGCGAACCAAAGCCCUAUAUCUCCGAGUGGAAAGAGUGACAUCUCAGAUGAUAUCUUCCACGACGCUCUCCAACAUUUGACAUUUGAGGAACUUUCUGGGUUAGCUGAAGAAGGAGGUGUACAGCGUCCUGUGUGAACAUAUAUGCUCUUCAGGGCGCAUCGAAUAACACAUGCAGUCCAUGAGAUUUGGAACUGCGAACGAGGCCGAGGGAGAUUUGUAAUAUUCAGCGGCUAUUUGGUUGGCGUUAUCCUAGACGGUGAUAUUUUUAUAGCGAAAAGAAAGCGAGCCAUUGCUAAAUAAUUUAACAAAUAUAGGC